AUGCGAUGUGAAACAAAACUGGCAGCAGUGCUGCGUCGGCUAGUUGCAGAAGAGCUAAAAAUAGGCGAACGCCGUCGCAUAUUAUUCUGCGAGCGACCGGUUGGAAGUAUUUUGGGAAGAUCGCAGCCGUGUCCGUUCACAGCGGAGGAGAUAUUUCCACUUCGCUUUCGGAAAUUUCGAAAAUCAAUACGAACACACAUUUUGCUGGUUUAUGAAUGGUUGAGGAGUUGGCCAGCUUAUGAUUCAUUCAAUAAACUCGAUCAGAUUACAUUUUUGAGAAAAUGCGUAUUAUAUCACACAAUCUUGGAUCCCUCUUAUAUCACAUUGCAAAUCGGCUAUCCGAAACGAUUUGUGAUGCAGAACGGUGGUUAUGUGGCGGUGGAUGAAAGCUGUAAGGAUGGAUGGGAGGAUGAGAAAGAGAUCUCAAACGCAACCAAACAAAAAAUUUAUCGACCGCUACUUAGGCAACUGAUGUCCGAAAUAGUGGAGCCAAUGGUUGCGAUGAAGAUAUCACUUGAGGAAUUCGUGGCGCUAAAGGCAUUUGUGUCCUGGAAAGGAACGAUGUGUGAGAUCAGCGAUGGGAAUAAACCUGCGAUGCGCCGGAUGCUCGAUGCACUCUGCGUCUCACUGCAUCAGUAUUAUGAGCAGACAAAUCAAGAGCAAUUAUCGGAACGUUUUGGCAAUAUUAUUCUAUUACUUUCUUCCGUUUUUGUAAGUUUUACUCGGCGCUGCUUAGUUACCUUUAGUGAGCUUGAUUCGUGA